AUGAUAUCAAGAUAUUUCAAUAGAAUACCCAAAUUUAAUGGUAUAUCAAGAAGAUUACUACAUUUUAAAACAGCAUCAACUCCAAAUGAAAAUGCAUUAAAAUUUAUAUCACCAGAAUGUCCUAUACUACCUAUUGAAAAUACAACUUUUGAAUUUACAUCAACUUUACAAGCUAUACAUUCACCAUUAGCAUUACAAAUUUUUAAGAUCCCAGGAGUCAAAUCAAUAAUGUUGGGAUCUGAUUUUUUAACAAUCAAUAAGCUAGGUAAUUAUGAUUGGAAUCAAUUAUCUUCAGAAGUAAUGGAUACAAUGAAUAAAUUUUUAGAUAACAAAAAAGAUCAAGUACCUGUAAUAACUCAAGAAUUAAUAAACAAGAUACAACAAGAUAAAUUAAUAGAUGAUGAGAAUGAUACCGAAAUAGUAUCAAUGAUUAAAGAAUUAAUUGAAACAAGAAUACGUCCAGCAAUACAAGAUGAUGGAGGAGAUAUUGAAUAUAAAGGAUUUGAUGAAGAAACAGGUACAGUUUUUUUAAAAUUACAAGGUGCUUGUAAAUCUUGUAGUUCAAGUGAAGAUACUUUGAAAAGUGGAAUUGAAAGUAUGUUAAAACAUUAUAUUGAAGAAGUUAAAGAAGUAGAACAAAUUUUGGAUCCUGAAGAAGAAAUUGCAUUAAAAGAAUUUGAAAGAUUAGAAGCUCAAUUGAGUAAAAGAAGUGGUUCAAGUGCUACUACUGAUGAUGGACCUCCAACUUUGUAA